UAGGAGUGCAUAAAACGCAAGACCUUACUUGGUGACUCGAGUGAAACGCACUACACACGUAAGAACAAUCAUCGUAUAUUACUGUCUCCGUUACACAUUGUACCGGCCAAGUUAUACCGGACGACCGACCAGAUUACGUGGACCCCACUAGUAGAAGAAUUCGUUGUGCUAAGAUUACCGUUCUUUAGACAUUAUAGUGUUAUAUAUUAUAGACAUGCCUGUCGAUCGCACCCCUCCGCCACUAUCGACGCUUGCGCAACCUAUACAACAUAGUCGCUCUGAAUCCGACUUAACUACUGAGCUGAGCGUCAAGGGGAACAAAAAGAAACACAUGUAAGCCAUCGCGCAAAGCGAAAACACCCUGAUGACAACACCGACUCGCAAUUAACAUCUUUUAUGUCAGAAAUGAAAGCUAUGUUUAUCGAAUUUAAAAAUCAGCAAGAGGAAAAGUUCAACAAAUUUGAAAAAAUGUUCUCUUCUUUUGAGGAAAUAAAGAACCAGAACAAUGAAAUACGUAACUCCAUAGACUUUUUGUCGCACAGUUAUGAUUCUCUUGUGGAACAAAUUAAUACACUUCAGGCGGAACGUCGUGAAAAUAUUCAAUACAUACAAAAGUUGGAAGAAAAAAUUGACAAGUUUGAAAGUGGUUUGAGAUCCACUUGUAUUGAGUUAAGGAAUAUUCCACCAGUUAAGAAAGAGUCUAAACAAUCUUUAUUAAGCACUGUUCUACAUACCAUAAAUGAAAUUAAUAUAAAAAUAGAACCACAUGAGGUAAAAGAUGUUUUUCGUCUUUCUACCAGAGUCUCAGAAAACCGGCCUAUAAUUGUAGAUUUCAUCAGUGUCUUAAUAAGAGACAAAGUAAUUGAAAAGUUCAAAAUUUACAAUAAAAAUAAAGGGAAACUCACUACAGAAACCCUUAAAAUCAGUGGUCCCGCCAAGCCAAUUUUUAUUUCGGAAAAUCUUUCAACCAAGAUGAAAAAGUUAUUUUACUUAUGUCGUGAUUUUGUCAAAUUGAAUAAUUUUAAAUACUGUUGGGUCUCUCACGGAAAAAUUUUUCUGCGCAAAACCGAUGGCACUGAUCAUCAUAUGAUUAAAUGUGAAAAUGAUUUAACUAACUUACAAUUGCAAAUAUGACUAUCUACUUUUAUAAAACUAGUAAUGAAAUAUAAAUAUGUUUAUACGCACCGAAAACCUAUUGUUAUCACAAAAUAUUUAAGAUACAACCUUACUCUAGUAAUUGUAAAUAUUUUGAUUUUUGUUGUAAUUUUGUCUUGUGAAAAUAUUUUCUUUGGCACAUACACACAACUAAUCACAAACACACGUCAGACUUACACUACAUUUUUACACUAUCAAGUAUACAUUCCCAUAACAAAAUAUUUUACACAUUUAUUUUUUAAACCCUUGAUUAUAUUUUUACAUAUACCAAUGCCAAACUAUAAAUUAAUUAUUGAUAACUGCAUCUUUAAGUUUAUUAUACUUACUCUCCCUGUUACUGAGUUCCAGACGCACCAGUGUAUAAUCAAUUGUUUUUGCACUGUACGUUUGUUAUA